AUGGACGGAUACACUUCCGGGUUGAUACUUUCCACAUUUGAUCCCGCCAACGAUAACGAGACCGCUAACGGAAUCGAGCAUGACAUAUUCGAAUCACACAUUGAAAGACUUAUGAACUGGGACAGUCACAUCUACUACUGGAUCGAUGCACUAUGUAUCAACCAAUGGGACGAAGAGGAGAAGGCCGAACAAGUCAAUCUGAUGGGAAGCAUCUAUGAGGCCGCAGAGGUUGUGAUAUUGUGGCUAGGUAAAGCCGACAAAUGCACUUCGGACGUCAUUGGAAUGAUUGACCGCCUGGCCAAGGUGCACGACGAGGGCUGCGAGACAAGAUAUGACUUGCAAUCGCCAACUGCGCUUGACACAUUAUUGAAUCCGGAACAGCGACGCCAUCUAGGAUUCCAGCGCUUUACCCUGCAAAACUGGGUUGACCUCAUCCUCUUCUUCGAACGGACGUGGUUCACCAGGGCCUGGACACUACAAGAAGUGGCGCUGGCUCAGUGCGCAGCUUUUGGGGUGCGAUCCCAUUCGGCAUCACUAAUGAUGGAGCUCACACCCCUCGCACCUAUGCUGAAGUUUUUGUCUCUCCAACUCAACAUCAAACGAACCAAAGCUCUUUCUCAUGCUCGCCUGGCAAUGCUGAUGAGAGACCUUGCCUUUGGAAAUGCAGAUGAGUCCGAACCAUCCGGAGUGUUCAAUCCAUGCGAUCAGAUCUUUGCAUGCCUUGGCAUCGUCAGGAAGGCCGCCGCAAACGUAAAAGGAGCUCCUCUUGGAAUAAUACCCAAUUAUCGAAAACCUAUCAUGGACGUCUACACCGAAGCAAUGACUUAUAUCUUGACUGGCACUGGGACACUAUCGCCGCUCUCGAGAGUUCAACAUUCUGCGGAAUCGAAAGGAAUUGGUCUUCCGUCAUGGGUUGCAGACAUGAGUGCGGCUCGGAGCACAAGACUGCGAAUCUCUAAGGGCUUCAUUAUCAGCGGAUAUACUCUCACGGUCCAUCUUUACAGACAUGCGGCUGUAACGCAUGUUGGCGAUUCGCGGGACGAGAUGUGCGAGUCUAAUACCUUGGAUAAGACGGCCCAAUUGGCUCUGGCUCGCUCCGAGUUGACCUCUGCGCAGGGUUUACUGAUUGACGAUGUUUGGAAGACGAUGUUGUGUGACGUUCUAUCUCCACGUCACCGGCGGUAUUCAGAUAACGAUCUGCGGUCUGGUUUGACCUGGUUCCUUAAGUGUAUGUGCUACGGGCUCAGCUCUCAGGUGAGCGGACCGAAUCACGCCAACGAUAUCCGCUCUAGGACUAAAUGGCUAGAGCUGCUGGCAGAGAGGGAUGACACGGGCACCAUCCUUUCUCCAAAAGCGGUCAUCGCUUCGUUUCGAGAGUCGGAUCGCGAACGAGGAUCACAGCGGGCAGAAGCACUCAUAUUCGAGCAGUUGUUUGACCGCAGCAUGUCUGGUCGGCGAUUGUUCCUUCUCGAUACCGGAGAGAUCGGUGUCGGUAGUGACGAUAUCCAGCUAGGCGAUACGCUAUGUAUUAUUGCGGAUGGCGCGAGGACGCCGUUCGUGCUUAGAAAGGCGUCUUCCGCAACAAUCAACACCUGGACAUUAGUUGGUGAAAGCAUACGUACGUGGGAUCACGUAUGGCGAGGCAGUUGA